AUGAAAAGCAAAUUGUAUGUACCGGGUGUAGGUCAAGCAGGAGUUAAUCAACUUGGUGGUGUUUUUGUUAAUGGUCGUCCAUUACCUGAUCAUGUUCGUCAACAAAUUGUUGAAUUAGCAUUACUUGGAAUUCGUCCAUGUGAUAUAUCAAGAAAAUUACUUGUUUCACAUGGAUGUGUUUCGAAAAUUUUAACAAGAUUUUAUGAAACAGGUUCGAUUCGACCAGGAUCAAUUAAUGGUGGAAGUGGACGACAUUCAAAAGUAAAUUUUAUAAAUUUUUCUAGUAGUGGUGGAACUAGAAAGAAAACCUAUAAUACUCGAAUUGAAAUCAAUAAAUGUCAUCAGAAUGUUGGUAUUUCACCAUCAUCACAUAAAUCAAUUGAUAAUAAAGAAUUAUCACCAACUCGGAAUUAUCGAUCAUUUCCAACAAGUCCUAAUCAUCUUCCAUCAAAUUCAUAUUCAACAUCACGAUAUUUUUCAUUUCAUCAUCAUAAUCCAUUUCUUUUUCAACAUCGACCAUCACCAUCAGUACCAACAAAUCCACCAUCGGAUGAAAUCGAUGAAUCUGAUUAUGAUGAUAAUAGUUCAAUAUUAUCAAUAGAAACAAAACCAAAACCAUCAUCGUCACUUAUAAAACAUUCAAUUGAAAAUAUUUUAUCAAAUAAAGUAACAAUAAAAAAUAAACGACCAUUGUCAUUAUCUUCGAAUUCAUCACAUGAUGAACAAACAACUAACAAACGUCAAAAAUUUAUUGCAUGUUAA